AUGCCUGAUUAUUUAUCAAGAUCUCCAGUUGAUGACGCUGAAGAAGAUCCUGAUGAAAUUUCAAAUCUUGUUUCAACAUCAACACAAACCGAUUCUUCAUAUAUUAAUAAAAAUGUAUCUAUUAUUACAGCUGUUGAAACUCGUGCAAUGAAAUUAAGAAAUAUAAAUAUAAAUGAUAUAAAUGGAACUACAAAAUUAACAUCAGAUUCUCUAAAUACCUCCAAUCAAGAGAAUCGAAUCAUUUCAUUUUCAAUGGAACAAUUAAUGAAAGCUCAACAACAUGAUGAUUAUGCAAAAAAUAUUAUGAACAAUAUUAAGGAACAUAAGAAUUAUAUUUUUAAAGAUAAUUUAUUAAUGCGUCGAUCAAAACAUCCUGUUCCUUAUGUACCACAACGUGAUCUUCGAAAAACAAUUUUAAAGAUAUAUUAUGAUACAGCAGCAAAUGGUGCUCAUUUCUCCAGAAGUAAAACUCUUCACAAAAUAAAACAACGAUACUUCUGGCCAUCAAUGUAUAAGGAUAUAGAAAACUACGUCAAAUCCUGUAUACAAUACGCACAAUUUAAUCCUCGUCGUCAAAACUCUCCUGGUACUUUAAAACAAAUUCCACCUCCUAAUGGAGUAUGGCAAUUAGUGGCUAUGGAUUUUCAUGGACCUAUUACACCAACGUCUCAACGUGGAAAUAAAUACAUUAUAUCUCUUACUGAUGUUUUAUCAAAAUUCGUCAUUACCAAAGCUGUACGUGAUAAUACAACUCAAACAGCUGUUAGAUUUCUCAAAGAAGAUGUUAUUUCAAAAUUUGGAACACCUCAUUGCAUUCUUACGGACAACGGAACUCAUUUUACAUCAGCAUUAAUGAACGAAUUAAUUAAACAAAUUGGCGUAACACAUUUAUAUUCAACACCGUAUCAUCCUCAAACCAAUGUUCAAGUUGAACGAUACAAUUCAACUAUGGAUGCAAAAAUUGCAGCUCUUUCAAAUUUACGAAAAACAGAUUGGGAUGAUCAAUUACGAUUUGUAACAUUCAAUUACAAUGCUUCAAUUCAUUCAUCAACAAAGCAAAUUCCAUUUCAAAUGAUGUAUGGUCGAUUAUCUGCAUUACCAUUUGAUUAUCGCGAUACGAACAUGACAAUUUCUUAUGAUUCAGAACAUGUUAAAAAACUUCAGCAAUUUUUAUCAAAAUUAAAUGAACAAGCAAGAGCUAUUAUAAUAAAAGCCCAACAACGAUAUAAACAGCAAUAUGAUAAAAAUCGUCCUAAUCCAUCGUACAAUAUUGGUGAUUUAGUUUUAGUAAAAACGCUUAAUUUCCGUUAUAAAUUUGAUACUCGUUAUGAAGGUCCAUUUAAAAUUAUUAAAAUUAUUACAUCAAAAACAUAUAUUGUUCAACACGUCAAAAAACCAACAUUAACUCGUCAAAGUUACCACGGACGUGUUACUUCCGAUCUUCGAACGAAUAUAUUAAAACCAAUAUGA